GUAGUAGCAUUUGGAGAAAAGUAGUAAUCCUAUCUUUACCCCAUCAAACAAUUGUCUUCUCAAAAGAAAAAUCCAGAUUCUCUGCAUUCCACAUAACUUGUUAGUUCCUUUGCUUCCAAGACCAGUUUCGGAUUAUUGUUCACUCAUCUCAUUCUCUUGUUAAUUUCUCUACACAUAUUCUCUCUCUCAAGUCUAAACCAUGCCUGUUGUGACAGAACACAUGAAAUGGAGAAGACCAAGAAACCAAUUUAGGAACCCCAUUUCAGAAACCGAUGAUCCAAUCACUCAAAUCCCUUCCAUAAUCCAAUCCUCUCACAGCAAAUCCACCAUCUCCUCUCUCUUGUCUUCUUUCUCCACCUCCGGUGAAACCACACAUGCCAGAGACCAAAACAGAACCAACAACAACAACAAAAGCAACAGAAAAUUCUCUGCAGCAACCUUCAGGGGCUUCGGCUGCACUGCCGGUUCAUCGCAGAAGGUGUCGGUGCCGGCGGUGAUUCGCUCCUCAGCAGAUUGGGAAGGGAAGAGGAACAGAAAGAAGAAUCACAGAAGGAAGAGUAACAGUAACGGUAACAGUGGCAACAACACAUGUGAUGAUGAUGAUGUUUCUGGUGGAACAUUUGUGGAUUUUCAGGAUGUUUCGUGUGGCCCUGGAAUUGGAUUCUCAACUGAUGCUGCAUCUGUGGAAUGUGCUGUGGCUAGGAAGAAUGUGUCUUCAAGAGGAAAACUUGAUGUGGUGGAAGAGAGGGUAACACACAGGGAGCGUUCAUCUUAUUUUGGAAGGCGCACUGUGAAGCCAGAAAGCUUCUCCUUUCUGGAUGAUGAACCUGACAUUUUUGCAGCACGCCCUGGAUUAGAGCCUUUUGGCACUGCUAGAUUCUAUCGCCAUGUUCCACAUCCUUCCCCUGAUGGUCUUGCUGAGAUAAUGAUAAUUCGAGGAAGAAUAAUGAUGGGGGGACGAUUUAAUUCACACGACCAAUUUAGAGACUGGAGACUUGAUGUUGAUAACAUGUCAUACGAGCAAUUGCUUGAACUGGGUGAGAGAAUCGGUUAUGUCAACACUGGGCUCAAAGAAGAUGAGAUGGGACUCAACAUAAGGAAAGUUAAGCCUUCAAGUUCAAAUGAUACAUCAAAGCAUCAACUAGACAAAAAGUGCAGUGUUUGUCAGGAGGAGUAUGAAUCAGAUGAUGAGCUGGGGAGAUUGAAGUGUGACCACAGCUAUCAUUUUCAGUGUAUAAAACAUUGGCUUGAGCAUAAAAAUUUCUGCCCAGUUUGUAAGCAAGAAGUUGUGGUUCGACACUAAGUGGCACUAUCCUCAUGUUUUUUACCCUUAAAUUGGUGUAUAGUUUUUUCUUAUGCAAUAUAAGCAAUAUUCAUUACUUUACAUAUUUUUAAACUUUUGGCUUCCUUAAGGAGGAGUCGGCAAUAUUAUACUUGUAAGUUUUAUAUUAUGGUCUCGUUAUUGGACAAUGAUUUUGCAUAUUAUACGCAAGAUUGUGAAAUUUGAAUGCUGUCA